AAGAGGACGUCAUCUUUGGCCAAUCUCAGCGCUCUAAAGUGACAUAAUGGAAUUUUUAGGGAUAGAAAACUUGCAAAUGCGUACUGACGCCCAUAGAUAACACCUCUCGAGGGGAGAGACGACAAUAUCAUAAAGCGAUUCAAAAUAAGCGAAGAAUCAAGAAUACGCAAGAAGAUCAUCUAAAUGACUCGUUUGGACAGCAAACCCAGCUCAGCCCUCUGUCGGGUGUAGGAUGGGAACACGCCGUACCCAGGCGAGGAUUUCAGAGGAAUAUCGCGCAGUAUGAUGAAGAAAGACAUGAGUUUGAACCUAAACGACCAGAACAGCUCCAACCUGAAGCCAGAUUUGAGGGAUGCCGAGGGGAUUCUCAGUUCACCCGAUUUAGGGCUCCUCAAGCUGGCUUCUCCGGAGCUGGAGAGGCUGAUCAUUCAAGCCAACGGGAUGGUGACCACCACGCCGACCUCCCAGUUCGUCUACCCGAAGUCGGUGAGCGACGAGCAGGAGUUCGCGGAGGGCUUCGUCAAAGCCCUGGAGGACCUUCACAAGCAGAACCAGCUGAGCGGCGGCGCGUGCGUCCCUCCGACGCUCAACAGACUCGCCAGCAGCACCGCGCUCGCCUUGCCCACGGAUCUGCCCGUGUAUACGAACUUGAGCGCGUACGGGAGUACCACGGUGAACUAUUCCACGGACACCAUUCCGUUCCCUCCGCCGUCGCCGCCGGCGCUAAGAGACGAGCCGCAGACCGUGCCGGACAUGCAGAGCUUCGGCGACAGUCCUCCGCUCUCCCCCAUCGACAUGGACACGCAGGAGCGCAUCAAGGCCGAGAGGAAGAAGCUGCGCAACCGCAUCGCCGCCACCAAAUGCCGCAAGAGGAAACUGGAGCGGAUAUCCCGUCUGGAAGACAAAGUGAAAAACCUGAAGAGCCAGAACACGGAGCUCGCGUCCACGGCGAGCGUGCUGAGAGAGCAAGUGGCGCAGCUAAAGCAGAGAGUGAUGAACCACGUCAGUAACGGGUGCCAGUUGCUGCCUAACCAAGUUCAAGCUUAUUAGAGGACAUUCUGUCGGUCUUUAUCUAUCAGUGUUUGGGUGGUUGACAAACAACAUGCUCUGGUUUGGUUAAACGUCACAUUUCCACAGCAGUGCACGAGAUGUUGUGUAGGCUAUAGCGCGGCCUAAAAUAUUAAGGAAGCACAAUAUUUUAUUAAACUAGUCUACUUCCGCGAGAAGAUAUAGUCCCUGACUUGACGGAACGUCGCUAUGCUAACGCGCGCAGUGAUACGCCGAACGCUGUUUCGCAUCAUAGCGAAAGACUGGAACUAUAUUUCUUAUUUGUGGUUAAAUAUUAUAUGUUUGAUUGGAUAAGCAGCGUUCCUAACAUUUUCCUAAAACGUCCAAAUAUUAGUCCGCCUGUACGUGUGACAGCUGUCAGUCUGUGCGUUCGAUUCUGUUUUGGUUUCGUUUAGAACUAUUUUCGUUGCUUUUAUUAUAAUAAUGGAUUUUUUUAAUUAUUAAAUAAUGAUAUUAAGUACCAUCAACAUUGCUAUGCAGCACAACUAGCAAUCGGUGAUGAGGUGAAAGCUUUUUCGCGUUCAUUCAGGACCGGAACUAUGUCUGUUUUAUGUCAUCUAUUAUUAUUUUUUUAUAAUGUGACAAAAAGCGUUCGUAAAGUUUCCUAAAACAUCACUGGAAAGCUCUCUCUUUGUAUCAGUCCGCUGUGUGUUGCUUGGCAACACGAUCGUGCUUCGGUUUCUUUAGGAACUAUUUUCGUUGGCAGUGCUUUUAUUUUAAUAUUUUAGUUAAAUUAUUAUAUUACUUGCAAUCAUUCCGAUAGAAAAUACAGUCCUUGACUUGACUAAAUGUUGCUAUGCAACAAAAAUAAAGUUUCUGAUAUGCUAAAAGGCGUUUUGCGUUAUAGUUGUUUCUUGUAUUUUAGCACUACUGGAACGCUGCAUUGACCAAUCAUCAUGCAUUAUAUAUAUAUAUAUAUAUAUAUUUUUUUUUAAAUAAUUUUGACUGACUAUAUAAUGUCAGUUACUCAAUAUGAAUGGCUGUAUAAAAGCAAUAUCACAUUGCAUAUCAUAUUGCUUAAAUACACGUACGAGUGCAUCGAAACCCCCAGUGAUAGUUAUGAAGUGUAUUAAAACUGUAAUGAUUCAUAUCCAUGAUGCCAGUCAGCUGUCUGUGUGCUGAAACAUUAUUCUGAGCUCGACAUGUCAAGUCAACGACCCAUUCACUGAUGCAGAAAGGUCACAGACUGAAUGGAUCUCACCCUUCCAGUGGCCGUUCGUUCUGGUUGGACUGUUGAAAUGGACACUACAGGUGCUGAUGUAUUAUAGGUUUACAAUAUUUUGUAGCAAAUGGACUCUGUGCUACAUGGUUUGAUCUCAUGAGAGAAGCAGCUGUAUUUUUGCAUGCUCUGGACAAGCUCCAAACGAGUGCAUCCAAACACCACAAAGAUGUCAUCCAUGUAUGCUUCAUGUCUAAGGCCUUAUUAAUCACAGACCGUAUCGAUUUUAUACACAACUACUCACACAAUGUCUUAUUUUAUGCUCUUUUGGAUUUAUGUGUCAUGAUGUAAAUGUAAACAUUUCACCUGUCACAUGUCCUGUACUGCCUUGUGUGUACAUUAAUGUCAUUAAACCUGUUCAGUUCACUUGUAAAAUUA